AUGUCCGCAGACGGUGCAUUGCGACAACGCGACGAACUUCGUCGCCACUUCCUGGCUCUUCGCGAUCGGAUCGAGGAGCAGGCGGACGCAAUUCGCGAGUUCGCAUCAAAAAGCGGAUGCGAAUUUGCGUUCACACCCCCUCGCGCUCCGCACAUGGGCGGACUAUGGGAGGCAGGUGUGAAAACUGCAAAACACCUACUCCUACGAGCGGUGGGAAGCGCACUCCUCAACGCCGAAGAGCUGGCAACAGUCCUCGUCGGGAUCGAGGCCGUAAAGAACUCGCGGCCCCUCGGAGCGCUCAGCCAGGACCCAAGCGACGGAGAGGCGCUAACUCCCGGGCACCUGCCGUCAGGCGGGCCGCUCAUCGCAGCACCAGCACUCCGGACCCCGGACCAGGCGGGUCUCAGUUGCUUGCGGCGAUGGCGGCUUGUCUCGUCAGUCAGGCAAAUGUUCUGGCGGCGAUAG